AUGGGGGAAGAGGAGUGUUUGAUGUAUUUUAACUCGACGAUCUCCAACAGCACUAAGUUGCUGAAACCCGUCUUGGUUUUUGCAUUCGCUAUCGCGGCGGCCUUAACAGGUCUGACUCAGAUCACUCAGCAUCGCAGCCAUCCUAUCGAUGUCUACGUUGGCUUCCUCAUCGGAGCUUUCAUCGCUGCUUACCUGGCGUUUCACGCUGUCGCCAACUUUAAGUCCUCUGAUGACAUCACUCCGGCCCCACCUCCCCCGCCACCAAAGGAGGAUCCUCUGCGAGCGCUGACAGAGCGAGGACAUGAGUCCGUCUACAACAAGGGCCCUGCCUCUGCCUCAGAGAGUAACGAUGAGAUAACGGCAGCUCCAGUCCCCAUAGACCGGCUGGAGGGUCUCGGGCCCCUGCAGAGGGAGAAGGACUCCAUAGGGAGCCUGAAGAGGGCCAGCGUGGAUGUGGAGCUGCUGGCUCCUCGCAGCCCCAUGGGCAAGGAGACCAUGUUGACCUUUAGUAACACGCUGCCAAGGGCUAGCAUGAAUGUUAAUGGGGUGCUGGGGUCCAACACAGGGCCAGAGGAUCUGGUGCAGCCGGUGCAGCCAGUGCAGCCAGUGCAGCGGCGUCUGAAGGCCGUGCAGGUACCCAUGGAUCCGAUGCGUUCGCAGCAGCUGGUCUCAGAGUGGAAGCAGAAGUCGAUGGAGAUGAGGGGCCUGAGCGUCCGGGAUGAGGUGGAUCGUGAUGCCAGUGAGGACGGCUCGGAGGUGGGCUCUGUGGGGACCGAUGAGGGGGGGUCUCAGGUCCCCAUCUACCAGCCUGCAGUGCAGUCUGGGAGGACAGCCUCUAGUCGCAACCCCACUCCACCUCCAGGGGGUGCCAAAGCGGUGGCGACUCCCAGACCGCCGCAGAUCCCUGAAGCAGGACCCCCUCCGGUGUCCCCAAAGAGUGCUCUGACCCGGGCCAAAUGGCUUGCCAUCCGAGAGAAGACGAGCGGGGAGGGGUCAGUUCGCAGCGCCGGCAAUCAGCCGCGACUCAUGCAGGUCAUCGCCAUGUCGAAGCAGCAGGGCCUCCUCCCCUCCUCCUCCUCAGGGGAUAAAUCAUCUGAGACCACCUCCACCUGCUCCGGGACCUCCUCCACCACUGACUCACCGCACUACCAUCCCCCCUUCGAGCAGCGGGAGGGGUCAGGUAUCAUCACGGUGGACGCCCACGCCCCUCACCAUCCUGUUGUCCAAGCCCAGCCUCCUCCUCAAGCCCCGCCCUUAGCAGGUAAUGGUAACCCAUGGGAGUGGGCGGGGUCAUCCAAUGGGGGCGACUCACGAGACACCUACGACCUCAACAGCCUGAACCGUGGAGACUCUGCCGCCCGCGGCAGCAGCUUUAGGCCGCACCGAUCCGCUUCACCGCGUUCCGCAGUUGACCCCGACUUGGCCCCACCCACACCUAACCCACAGGUGGAGACACCAGCGGACACUCAGCGCAGGGAGAUGGCCAUGAGACGCAAGACGGCACUAGUUCUGUUGGAUCGAGAGAUUCGUAACCAGACUGAACAGGAGAACUAUUAUAAGAGUCUGCAGGGACGAAGGUUCAAGGAGUAGUCUCUUACCCUUUCAAAACAAAAGCCUUAUUUUGAAAAUAACAGCACAGUACCUGGACAGCACUGAGGAGCAAGUGGCUAUACAUUUCUUGGGCUUUAUUUGAUGUAAAGUUGAAGCUGCAAGAAAUUAUCGUUUCCAUCCGGGAGGGUCAGAAGUCUUGGUGGCUCAACACUCUGGAUAGUUUUAACAACAUAGAUUUUAUCUGUGUUAUAACAAAGAUUCUCACUGUCCUGGAAUUCUGCAGUUUAUUUGUAUUUGAGAGCACAGUGACAUUUAUAAUAAUUCAAUAGACCUUUCAUGUAACACAAGGACAUAAAACGAAUUAUAUCCAUUAGAAAGUAAAAAGUCUAAAAAACAAAAAUGGAAUCAUAUCCCAUAGGGAGCCAGUGGAAAUACUGAGGGUGGAGGUGAUGCUGUAGAGUGGAGGCGAUGCUGUAGGGUGGAGGUGAUGCUGUAGGGUAACAGGGUUGAUAACUACAGAAUAAUAGCGGUACAAUGUUUUGGGCUCUUUCCUCACAUUGCUGCUGUGUUGCUGCUGUGUUGCUGCAGUGGUCUGUGCAACUGUGGGACAACCACUGUCACUAACCAUGUCAUAAUAAUAACUAGGGCUGUCCCCUGAUAGUCGAGUAAACUGAUAGUCGACACAAUUUUCAUUAGUUGGAUAUUCAGUAAACCUGAUGUUCUGUUAUUAAACACAUAGUACAAAAACUAAUGAAAUAAUAAUAAAUAAUAAAAUACCUAGUUCUACCUGAUGGCCGGUUCAGUUCAUUGUUCCACAACCAAAUUUAUCUGGAUUACCUUCAUCUUGAGGGCAGUGAUGACUGUCCACAGUGUUGAGCCACUGAACAGGAAGCUGUAGAGUUUCCAUGGCAACUCAUUCUGUGGAUAAUCUGAAGUUCAGUUGAAGUAAAAAGAACACAGAGACAAUUUUAAAGAUUCAUUCGGGAAGCACAAAAAUGCAACAAACCUAAAACCUGCAGUGGAGCUCUGUGUUCACAUCGCCACUGACUACCGACCACAAGUUCAGGAGCCGCCUACUGCCUCAGGCCCCGCCUCCUCAGAGGGGCAUGGCCUGAGGCAGUGUUUCCAGGAUGUGGAAGCAGUUGUUAGAAGAUAAACAGGCUGUGAAAUCUUGGUGGUGUGACUGCGUAGCGGCCAUGAUGGAGGUCUUACUGAUUGUAUAUUACCUGGACGAGUGCUGUUGCCUUUAUGUUGUGAUGGCUUGGUUGCUAUAGUGAUUCUCAGCAUGUUUGUUUGUUUCUAUGCUGCUCUCUGAUUGGUUGAGGCUGUAAGUCUGUUCAGAGUGUUUGUGUGUGUGUGUGUGAACCUGGAUGUGUGUAUUUAUUAAGGAUGGACCGAUAUGAGAUUAAAUAUUUAUAUAGACACUGAUAUUCAGAAUUUAAAGGUACACUCACUGAUGUUGUUACAGCACCUCAAAAAGGCUCCUAAAGGCGUGUUCACACAGAAAGUGACACUACAUAGAAAGUGAGACAGCUGCUGGAGGAGUAAACUGAUCUUGAUCUGAUCUGAAGAGAUUUAUCUUUACUCUCUCUUCUCAACCUGUUUGUGGCAAGCCAUGGAGGUGCCCCCCCACCCAGAGCUCUGUGAUAAUACUUCAUAUUUAUAAAGAGAGCAGACAGAAGAGGAGAUUGAUGGAGAAAAGAAAGAGAGAAAGUUGGAAAAUCUGUGUCUGUAAUUGAUUCCAGCCGUCGGUUUUACUUUACUAUGAAUUAAGUUAGCAUAGCCCUGAUCAUCCAAACUCUAACCCUAAACCCUAACCCUUCUGUGAAAGACGCACUUCCCCUGAGCUCGUUGAGGCUCUGAAACAAAACCAAAGAGUGUAUCUGUAAAUAUGAAAUAUUGAUGAGCCAAUACGGGGUCUGUCCCUGCUGUUAAUGUGUCUGUGUGUUGUUGCAUGUGUCAACAGUUUGAUUAAAAUCAGACAGACGUCCUGUUUAUCUCUGGAUAACAAGUUUUUUUGAAUCCUGAGAACUGAUGAAAGAACUGAAAGACAUUUCCAUUUGAAUGUAAAAACAUGAAGCAUCAUUUAUCUUGAAUCUGUACAUUUUGUGACUGGAAACAGGAAAAAGAAAAAAACUGCUGCUAUAAAAAGAGUUUAAUGUGUGAAAAUAAGAGGAAAGUGUUUAAGACUGAAGGAUGGAUGCUGCAUGCUCUGUGGUCUUUAUGAUGAAAGUUCAAAAUUAAAAGUUAUUCUUGAUCACUUUACAAAAGUUAAUAUAUUUCCAGUCUGAUGUUCAGUUUCUUCAUUUAUUUCUCAAAGCAAUUCUUGUUUUUCCAUAAAGUAAUUAUUCAACAUUUCAGACAAUAUACUCACACUUUGUUUCCAAAUGCAGAGUGUUAUAUUUGUUGGUCUGGUUCUGUUCUGGGAGAGCAGCAGCAAAGACCCCCGAGGUACAGAACAGAGCAUCAGUGGCAACAGAGCUUACAUUGGUUCAAUCAGAGGACAGUGGCGGGGCUUCCAUGGUGGCACGGAGGGGGCACCCGCCCCCCCCUGUAAUCUGAUUGGCCACCCUGUGUGC